CAGUUAACAUUCGAGCGGUGAACAUGAACCGGGUUUUGGGUAACCGCAGUAACCGUUAGAAUCAAUAUAGAUAUUUUCCAACUGUCAACAAGCGCGAGUUGCCAAGUGUUAAGAAUAAUAAGAGUACCUGACACACAACAAAUAUAUAUUUUCACUCCUUUAAAUAUACUACACUGAACAAAAUGGCCUGUUCCACAAACGUGUUGAAGGGCUUUGCCCUCCUCUGGGAUAUUCUCUAUGCUCUGUUUGGCCUGGUUGUGAUUGGCCUUGGAGUGCACAUUAUUUACAAGUUCGAGCACUUCAACACGGCCGCCUUCGUUGUCAUUGGCGUGGGCGUGGCCGUGGUUCUGGUGGCACUUUUCGGAGCCUUGGGAGCAGCACGUGAGAGCAGCAACACAUGUAAAGUGUACGUGGUUAUCCUGGUUCUCCUGAUCAUCUUGCAAGUUCUGGUCGUGGGUAUCCUGUGGGCGUUCCAAGAAUCGCUGCUGAUAAACGUGGACAAGACAUUCAGCCAGCUGUGGAAGGACCAGCCGGUGCCCAUUAGGCCAGGAAACCAGAGUGAGAUCGCCAGCGUUGAGCGAUGGUUGGACUGCUGCGGCAACGUUGGACCCAGUGACUAUGUUCUUCCACCAAACAGUUGCUACAACAGCGAAACAGAUGCUCUAAAUCUCAGAGGAUGCAGGCAAAAGUUUCUAAACUACAUUGCCGAUCGUUUUACGACGCUCAACUUUGUCGCCUUGGUGCUAGUUGUUGUUGAGGUAAUUUGCGCCUUGCUAGCCUAUGUCCUGGCCAACAGCAUUGUGAACCGCUGGCGACGCUCGAAGUACUAUCAAAAAUAGGUCAACGUUCGGUUUUUGAAAACAUUGCAUUUCGAAAAUUCAAGCUAAGAUGCGCAUACUUAAGCCAAAGAACUCUCCAUACAACUACUUAAUCGAAAACUCAGCAGAGAUUCCACAACAAAUUUACUUAAGCGAAGUGCGUUGAUUGUAUUCUAUUUACCAGUUUGGAUAACUGUUUGUUAAAGAGCGGUGUUUAUGCCGUUUAGAAUGUAACUUAAUCCCUACACUAAGCUCGACUUAAGCCACCAUUUUUGUAACAGCAUUUCGAGAGGCCAGACCGGUGAAAUAAAGAAUUGUUCGAAGA